UGAUCAGAUCAAAGUUCAAACCUGUUUCCCUUAUCAGAUCAGAAAUCAAACAUAUAAAACUCAUCAGGAAGUGAAGCUCAGACAGUCGUUGUCUUUAAGAGCUGAAAUGGCGCAGAGAGAUCAGCCGGACCAAGAAACACUCAGCUGUCCCAUCUGUCUGGAUCUACUGAAGGAUCCGGUGGCUAUUCCAUGUGGACACAGCUACUGUAUGAACUGUAUUAAAUCCCACUGGGAUGGAGAGGAUCAGAGGAGGAUGUACAGCUGCCCUCAGUGCAGACAGGCCUUCACACCGAGGCCUGUCCUGAAGAAAAACACCAUGUUAGCAGCUUUAGUGGAGCAGCUGAAGAAGACUGGACUCCAAGCUGCUCCUGCUGAUCACUGCUAUGCUGGACCUGAAGAUGUGGCCUGUGAUGUCUGCACUGGGAGGAAGCUGAAAGCCUUCAAGUCCUGUCUGCAGUGUCUGAUCUCUUACUGUGAGAAUCACCUCCAGUCUCACUUUGAAUCAACCAAAUUAAAGAAACACAAGCUGGUGGAGCCCUCGGAGAAGCUCCAGGAGAACAUCUGCUCUCGUCAUGAUGAGGUGAUGAAGAUAUUCUGCCGUACAGAUAAGAAGUGUAUCUGUUAUCUGUGCACUAUGGAUGAUCAUAAAGGCCACGACACAGUCCCAGCUGCAGCAGAAAGGACUGAGAGGCAGAGAGAGCUCGAGGUGAGUCGACUAAACAUCCAGCAGAGAAUCCAGGACAGAGAGAAAGAUGUGAAGCUGCUUCAACAGGAGGUGGAGGCCGUCAGUCGCUCUGCUGAUAAAGCAGUGGAGGACAGUGAGAAGAUCUUCACUCAGCUGAUCCGACUCCUCCAGAAAAGAAGCUCUGAUGUGAAGCAGCAGAUCAGAUCCCAGCAGGAAACUGAAGUGAGUGGAGUCAAAGAGCUUCAGGAGAAGCUGCAGCAGGAGAUCACUGAGCUGAAGAGGAAAGACGCUGAACUGAAGCAGCUCUCACACACAGAGGAUCACAACCAGUUUCUACACAACUACCCCUCAGUGUCACAACUCAGUGAACCUACAGACUCAUCCAGCAUCAAUAUCCGUCCUCUCAGAUACUUUGAGGAUGUGACAGCAGCUGUGUCAGAGCUCAGAGAUGAACUACAGGACAUCCUGAAGGACAAAUGGACAAACAUCUCACUGACAGUGACUGAAGUGGACGUUUUACUGUCAGAACCAGAACCAAAGAGCAGAGCUGAGUUCUUAAAAUAUUCACGUGAAAUCACUCUGGAUCCAAACACAGCAAACGCAUAUCUGUUAUUAUCUGAGAGGAACAGAAAAGUAGAGUAUACGGGACAACAACAGUCUUAUUCUAGUCACACAGACAGAUUCACUAAUUAUCUUCAAGUCCUGAGUAGAGAGAGUCUGACUGGACGUUGUUACUGGGAGGUGGAGUGGAGCGGGAAAGGAGUUUAUGUAGCAGUCACAUACAAGAAUAUCAGCAGAGCAGGAGAAAAAUCUCAAUUUGGACGUAAUGACAAAUCUUGGUCUUUAAUUUGUUCCACUAACAGGUAUGGAUUUUGGUUCAACAGCAUAAAAACUCCCGCCUCAGGUCCUCCUUCCUCCAGAGUCGGAGUGUACCUGGAUCACAGAGCAGGUAUUCUGUCCUUCUACGGCGUCUCUCAAACCAUGACUCUCCUCCACAGAGUCCAGACCACAUUCACUCAGCCUCUCUAUGCUGGACAGUCACAUACAAGAAUAUCAGCAGAGCAGGAGAUGAAUCUCUAUUUGGACGUAAUGACAAAUCUUGGUCUUUAUAUUGUUACACUAACAGGUAUGAAUUUCACUUCAACAACAUUCAGACUCCCGUCUCAGGUCCUGUUUCCUCCAGAGUCGGAGUGUACCUGGAUCACAGAGCAGGUAUUCUGUCCUUCUACAGUGUCUCUGAAACCAGGACUCUCCUCCGCAGAGUCCAGACCACCAUGACUCUCCUCCACAGAGUCCAGACCACAUUCAC